GAUUUCUGUUUGGCCGGACCAGCACCAAUUCGAAAAAAGAUCGCUUCCAAAUAGAUUUUUCGAGCAUUUCACUCCACGUUUCAAUUCCAUUAGUGUGUAGCUAGAAAACGAAUACGUUAGAAAUAUUAACAAAAUGGCAGCCUCGAAGGUAACGUUCAAAAUUACGCUCACGUCCGACCCGAAACUGCCUUUUAAAGUAUUAAGUGUCCCGGAGACGACACCGUUCACGGCGGUGCUCAAAUUCGCGGCAGAGGAAUUCAAGGUACCACCGGCAACGAGCGCCAUUAUUACCGACGAUGGAAUCGGUAUCAACCCGCAGCAAACGGCGGGUAACGUGUUCCUGAAGCACGGUUCCGAGCUUCGGUUAAUUCCACGCGAUCGUGUCGGGUGUUGAAGUGGCUACUCAUUGUUUUCGGUUUUGCAAAAUGUUAAUGUCAGCAGUACGUUAAUAUGUGAUUUGCAAUGCAUGGCAUCUCGUUAACCAUUGGCUGGUUCUGCUUAUGAUUUUUAUUGUUGCGCUCGGAGAUACAAAUAAAUACUUUCGUCCCAUUAUAAUCAA